AUGUCACUCACUGAACAAAGCCUCCCGCUCUCUCCCGACGAGGUCAGCUCACAAUGGCUCUCCGACGCUCUGGGACAAAAAGUGAAAUCAUUCACAUUCACCGAGAAGAUCCUCCUCGCAACUGCUAGUAAGCUGUUUGCCACAGUUACAUACGAAGAUGAAGCUGCAGCGCGUGCAGCUGGGAAACCCACCCAUAUUUGCUUGAAGGGAGGCUUUAACCAGGCGGUGGUAGCUCAAUAUCCGGAUAUUAUGAUUAGAAUCUAUACACGAGAGGUUGGGUUCUUCAGCCACGUUAUUCCUAAGCUUAACCAUGUGGACACAGUCAAGUGCUGGUGGUCAGGAGCCAAUAAAGAACAAGGAAUUGUCAUUUUGGACGACCUGAAUAAGCAAGAGGCAAGAUUUGGGGAGCCGACGGAGACUUGGACGGUGGAUCAGGUCAAGGCGGCUGUCGAGCAGCUCGCUGGGCUCCAUGCUGGAACAUGGGGGGAGAAGAGUGCAAAGCUGCCUACUUGGCUAACCGACCCGGAGCACUAUGAUGCUACCAUCUUGAGCCUGUGUGGUCUUUGGCAGGGCAUGGUUGUUGCCGAGAGCCGGCCGCAUUUCCCAGCAGAUUGGAACGAAGAACGAAUCACGGCAGCGAUGAAGAAGCACCUCAAAUCUCGCGAUCCACGAUUUACGUGUCUCCUUCACGGUGACCCGCACGCAGGCAACACCUACUUUAUCGAUGGCGCACCGCGAUUCCUCGAUUGGCAACUCAUCCACGUAGGCUCUGCAUUCCACGAUCUUGCUUAUUUCAUCGUCGGGGCCUUGUCAGUGGAGGACCGCAAAGCGAAUGAGAUGUCUAUUCUACAGCAUUACCUCGAUACGUUGGCCAAGUUUGGAGGACCGACAUUUACACUGGACGAGAUCUUGAUUGAGUACCGCAAAUCACUCAUGUCAGGCAUCGGAUGGAUGCUCACCCCCUACAAGCUGCAAACUAUGGAGCGUGUGCACGCCAUGAGCGAAAGAUAUGGUUCGGCGAUCCUCGAUCACAAGACCAUAGAGCUUGUUGAGUCUCUAUGA